UGUGCCCCGGUAGAGAAACCCUUCUACCGUAAUAAUACGUUGAGCUGUGGCACUAUGUGUGUCUAGGGUUGGACUGCUCUGGGUGAAAGAGUGAGAUGAGUCGUUAGCUCUAUGCCGCUCAUCAGGCACUCAUAGGUAUCAGUAGCCCACUGUUGCUCGUCCGAUUCAGUUCGGGACCCGUUAGCUCUUCAAAUAAGGGUAGUUAUUAACCCAUGUAGGAAUAUCGUCCUACAUAUCAGAAGUGGGAUAGGGUCCGCGUGUGCCACUGCGUGUGGAAAACCGUGAAAAUCACGGCGCGAGUGAAAAGAAAAGUGAAAAUGCAGAGACGACGACGAAAAAAGGCAGCGAGAGCAACAUGGCCGCCACCGCGUGGAGGAAAAAAUGCGGCGUAGAAGCAGCGAAAAGCGGCUAGAUGGGACUGCGAAGACCAUCGAGAAGCGCCCCAGCAACUGUGUAGAGGAACACCCGGCGAUGGAAAUACCGCAAGUACCCCUAAGUGCCCCCCAGGAAAGAGAAAUAAAGAAAGAAAAGUGAAAAAGAAUAUGUUUCUUGAUUGAUGACAUUUAUGAUAAAAUUCCAAGAAUUUUUUGGCAAUUCCAGAAAUUUCUUUGUGUUAACCCUUUUGUGUAUUCUCUGUGUGAAUGGUGGCCACCCGCACAAAAUAAUUGUCUUGUCUUGCAUAAACAUGUCUUAACAGGAAUUCCUUUUCAGGCAAUUCAUGAUAAAGUUUGAAUAUAUUUCAUGUGAAAUUACAUAGAAAAAUUCAUGAGAAAAAAUGCGAAUUUGUAGAAGUGUUUCAUACGAAAGUGAAAUUAGCCGUGUUUCAUGAAACAAGUUUUGACAAGAUUGAUGAAACACGAAAUGUUUUUGCUGGAAUUUGACCACAUCGUGACAUUUCGGUCGUGCCGAUUGAAUGCUCGGGUAUUGCGUCAUAUUAUUGUCAUUUUAUGCAAGUCAUUUGAGUGUUCAAGGUGUGUUGCGAGGAAAUUCAAAGAAAAUUUCAAUAAAUUGCGCAAAGAAAUCACAGCAGAAAAAACACAAUGUCGAGAAGGCAAAACUCCACGGUUGCCAUGCCCAUGGGGCCACAGGAACUACGCGCAAUAAUCCAGCGAUUUGAUCCAGAUGUGACGGACUGCAUUGACACAGAGGAUUGGCUUGCAGAAGUUGAAAAUGCGCGUUUGAUGUAUCAUUGGGAAGAGAGAGUGACAAUUCUUUAUGCGUCCAUGCGGUUGAGGGGACCCGCUGAAAAAUGGUUCCAUACUGCCAAAGCGAGGCUGGAUACGUGGGCAAAAUUUCGCGAUGAAUUGUUGCAAUUCUUUCCUACCGUGGUGGAUUGCGCGAAGAUACACAAACAACUUGACACCCGACGCAAGACAGGAAAUGAAACAACCACAUCCUAUUUCCACAGCAUGAUGGCGCUAGCUACAAAGGCUAAGAUCGAUGACAAAACCACCAUGAAGUACAUAAUAAAGGGCCUUCCAUCCGAGUCGCUAAGGACAUCAUUGUUGACACAAACUUUCGAAUCUCUCCCGAAACUUCUCCGCGUGCUAAUUGAUGCGGAACAAGGCAAUGAAAACGCAGAUGAUUCCAAGCAAGACAGGCGCUAUUCCAAGCGCAAUUCCGGGCGCUACCAUCCGUACCGCCAUGGCAAGACGAAUGACAGUCGAGAAUCUCAGCGUGAAGCACACAAGGAAGCCAAUAAGGAGAAAGAGCAGAAAACCACCAAAGAGCGACGAAGCUCUGAGAAACUCUGCUACAGAUGCAAGAAGCCCGGACAUUUGAUUGCUCAGUGCCCACAAUAAUUCCGAUGAAUUCCAAUGUAGGGAUAAUUAAAUUGAAUUUCGAGGAAAUAAAGAAGCUAAGCCUACUGAGUGUAGUCAAGUGUGAAGUCGAAUAAAAAGAAAUUACAGAAAUGCCUUGUUAUUUAUUCGAGAUUUUAAUUAGUUGUUUUUCAGGACAGAAAAGUGAAAUUAAGAUCACAAGGUAAGCCUACUAAAUAUAAAUGGAGAAUAAUUUCUUUGUCAUUUUAGAGAAUGGCCAUACAACGAGGAAGCAACAAAGAAA